AUGGCAUCUAUCUACGAAGGAGCGUUCGAUACAGCGGCACUGCAGAAGGAAUUGGCGCUGGCUCUCGAGGAAGACCGCAAGUACAAACUCACGGACGAAAUGAAGAAGCGCGCGAUCCACACGGCAGCCAGCUACGACGACUUUCGCAACUUUGUCCUGUGCGCCGACUUGAAACCUGUCUCGUCCAAGGAACUUCAAAAUCUGUCCAAGAGCGAACGCAAGCGAAAUCGCAUGUACCAAGCGAAAACCGCCGUAGUCGACACGACCAAGUCCAAGACGUUGGUUGGAGAGCUGGAUGCGGCUGUCCCGCCUGCGACGUCUGUCGAGUUCCUUCGAACGUGGCGCCGAAGUUGUGUGACCCAGGAUGCCAAAUACAAAUAUCUGCAGGUGACCACACCCGAGCGGCUACAGAAGCUGUUUCAUGCCGAACUGGAUUCAGACUUGAUGCUUCAAAUCGUGGCAUGCUUGAAUGCGCAGUUUGUGAAUUUGAACCCGAACAACGACGUGGACGACUUUGAGACGGAACACGCCCAUGCAUGUUUUACCCUUGCUAUGCUGGAAGCAGCGACGAAAACAGGCCGCUUUGCGCUGACUGUGUCGUUCUGGACGUCGAGCCAAGCAACGACGGUGGCACAGCUUGUGGCGCGAGUCCACGAUAUCCUCGUGUCCAACUACGACGACGACAACGACGCGCUUGGUCAAGUGACUGUCCGCUUGGAUGCACUGCGUGACCAGUUUCGCCAGUAG